UAUUCAAAGUGAUUAUGGUGCUGUUAUUGAAAAAGAUGAUUAUAUGAUUGUUAAAAUUCAAACAUUUGAACCGGAAAAUAUUGCAUAUCAUAUUGAUUUUUAUCUUGUUGAUGAAACAACACCAUUACGAAAACAUAUUGGUUUUGCAUGUUUUACCAAUACAUUCAAAUCUUGA